AUGUCACUCAAGCCUUGGUGGGACUACCCAGGGCAGGACGACCCAAAAUAUGCGAACGUGCCACCGCCGGAGAAAUUAGAUACGAGCAAAGCAGAUCAAGCUCUAGAUGAGGAUCAUCUAGCAGCAUAUGUGCGUGCAGUGACAAAUGUUCUCUCGACGGAGCUUGCCGAGUCAACUUUUGCGCAGCUUGUCGACGGUUUACCACUGUGGGAUGUCGUCGACGGUCUCCAUCAUUAUGGUCUCGAGGAGGAUGAACCUGUCUUCAGACAUCGGGAGCUGUGUCCCGGUGUGAUUGAAAAGACGAGGACUUUUUGUGCGGCCUUUGAGCCAAGAGCUCUCUACAUCAGAACUGGUGUUUUGCGUCGAUACCAAUCCGCUCCCAUUGGUUCUAGGGCAUCAAAAUUACCUCUAAUCGAGUUGAUCGCCGUCGCAGUGCAUACUAUUGCAGCUCAACAUUUCAAGCAGGUCAAUGGCGGUCUUCAUCGGAACGAGAAGUACCCAAGCGACGAGUACUAUGCGCAGUUUACAUGGCGCCGUCGAAAACCAACCCCCUUCUCGCUCUGGCGCUACGACGAUCCCGAGCAGUAUCCUGACGGAAAUGCCGAUAUUGCGGCCUACUGGGCAGAGGACCAAAUCUUUGGAGGCAUCGUUCUAUUUGAUCGAGGAGAGAGCGGUUCUGAACAAAACGGUGUCUGGUUCCACUCCUCUCGUCGUAGGAUUACCAACCACGUCUAUGCUUUGAGAGAUGAACAGACUGCAUCUCUACUCCUUUUUCUUGAGUCAGAACUUGGCAAGGCACCAUGUCCCUUUCCGAUAUUGGGAGACAGGAAUAGCGUACGACGAGAUUGGGAGAUCUCUAUUCCGAAGUACAAUAUCUACAGAGACCGUUGGGAACACUCCGCACGUGAGUCGUCUGAGUCACUGUCCGAAGACUCUGUGCCCGAGCUUUCAGAGGAGCUGUCUGACUCACUCUCGUCAGAAGAGUCACUUCUUUGA